AUGUUGAGACGAAUAGGAAGAUCUCAGUUGAGCCACUUCAGGCUCCAAUCGACAAUAUCUUUUGUAAACUUCAAUAACAAAGAAGUUUCAGUCAAUUUGGAUGGAAAGACGGUGACAUUCAAAAAUACUUUCCUACGUGAUGCAUGUACCUCCCCAAAAUCUGUAGACGCUUCAACAAGCCAAAAAUUGUUUACCACAGCUGAAGCAGCGACCGAUCUAUCCAUCACGCAAAAACCAUCAGUUGUCGACAACAAACUCAAUAUCCAAUGGAAUAACAAAGGUGAACUUCUCAACUCAACUUACUCAGCGUCAUUUUUAAAGAAAUAUUCAACUCCAGCUGGCCCAAGAGAGGAUUUUUUUUUUGAUAAGGAUAGGAAAUUGUGGGAUAAUAAGGAAUUAAUUGCCAAUUUGGACUCCUUGCAUCAUGAUUACGAGGCCUAUUUGAACGAUGAAAAAACCUUUUUCGAUGCAGUGUUCAACAUGAACAAGUAUGGAUUAUGCUUUAUCGAUAACAUACCAAGACCCAUAUUAGAGAAAAUGGAUGAAUCAAAUGUGGCUCAAUGGCCAGUGGCUAAAUUGGCAGAGAGGUUCGGUUACAUUCGCAAAACCUUUUAUGGAUCCUUAUUUGACGUCAAGAAUUUAAAAACUGAGGCCAAGAACUUGGCUUAUACAAAUACAUUUUUGCCCUUGCAUAUGGACUUGUUGUAUUAUGAAUCACCUCCCGGUGUGCAAAUGUUGCAUGCAAUUGAUAAUUCAACCUUGGGUGGAGAAAAUAUCUUUUGCGACUCCUUCUUGGCUGCUGAACAUGUUCGUCAAGUUGAUCCAACCGCGUACACCGCCCUUACGAAGAUUCCAAUUACCUUCCACUAUGAUAACAAUAAUGAGUAUUACUACUACAAGAGACCACUUAUCAUUGAAGAUAUGGCGAUUACAGGAGACUUUCCCAAAAUCCAUGCUAUAAACUAUUCACCGCCAUUCCAGGGCCCCUUUGAAAUUGGAAUUACUAAAAAAGACCCAGCUUAUGAAAUGUUUGAUGACUUCAUUCGUGGGUUCCGGUUAUUCGAAAAAUUUAUCAAUGACCCCGCUAAUCAUUACGAAGUUAAAAUGAAGGAAGGAACUUGCGUCCUUUUCGAAAAUCGUCGUGUAUUACAUUCGAGGAAUGAGUUUUCCGAUUCAAAUGGAGGCGACCGUUGGUUGAUGGGUACCUAUGUUGAUGGAGAUAGUUUACGGUCAAAAUUACGUUUAGGUUAUCGUAAAUUCAAGUAA